AUGCCUCCUACUAAACAGUUGAAGCUGUCGGACACAGCUAAGAUGAAAAAAUCUGAACGUCGCAAAGAAAUCCAAGAUGGCGAUGAGACGCCUAACAUAUCGGAUGGUCAGUCCGACUGUGAGUCGAGCUCUUCCAAGUACCCUGAAGCUCCAGUAACGGAACGCAGCUUACACAGGAUGUUACAAGAGCUCAGGGCAACAAUUACAGCCGAUUUCCACCGAAUUAACGGGGAUUUAAGGAAAGAAAUUUCUAAUAUUGGAGACAGAACCAGCAACUUGGAGAAUAAAACAGAUGAACUCUGUGUAGCCCACAAUGAGGUAGUGGACAAAAUUCAGAAGCUGUCUGAAGAAAACUCUUCACUCAAAUCUAAACUUGCCGACAUGGAAGACAGAUCAAGAAGGCAAAAUGUCCGGUUCCGUGGAAUUCCGGAUGAUAUAUCUCAAGACGCCCUUCCAGCCCAUAUACUCUCAAUCUGUAAGGCCUUAGUCCCGGGCCUACCUGACUCCGCUUGGGCCUACGACCGCAUGCACAGGCUACCGAAACCCGCUCGCAUAUCUGCUGAGGUCCCAAAGGACGUUAUUGUACGAUUUCACUACUAUGCGCAUAAAGAAUCUUUAUUACAGGCAGCAAGAAAAGCACAACCACUUCCAGAACCCCACCAACGGGUUGUAUUAUUUGCUGACCUAUCGGCGGCUACAAUGGAGAAACGGAGAGAAUUCAUCACAGUUACGAAGACUCUUAGAAAUAACAACGUAGUCUACAGAUGGGGUUACCCCACCAAAUUAAUUAUUUGGCGACAAGGCAGAAACUACACUGCUAAAGAUUCGGCGGAAGGAAUGAAGCUGAUUACAACUUGGGGGCUAUGGAACGGCUCACCUACCCAUCUUGAUACAACCGAACAGGCUUCCCCACGACGACUUCAAGAGGACUGGCAAAUGGCGAAAUCUCCAGCCAAGAUCCCCUGA